AUGAAUCCCGAUAUCGUGCUAUCGUUUCAGGAGGACUUUCAAACAUUCGUAAAUCCUCGACAUCGCGGUAACCGAAUAUGUCCGUCGUUGCUGGAUGGACCAGGUAACGUGCUAACUCAUGCUCUUUUACUAUCGUCCGAAGUGUCGGAGGUGUACGUAGAUAACGCAGAGAAAUGGCACAUCAAGCUGACCGCUAAUCCUAAUGAUUAUCUACUGCAUACAUUGACGCACGAGAUCGGCCACGCGUUAGAAUUACAUCACAGUCCUCAGAAGAAUUCGAUAAUGUACGCCUUCGUUCCCUCUAAGACUUUUCUCAUCCGUUUGAGCGAGGCGGAUUUUCUCGCCAUUCAGAAUUUAUAUGGUUUAAAGAAUAAGAGCAAAGUCUCGAGAUCGGUGCCAACGACGACGACCAUAGCGACGACCACGAUCGCGACGCGCGAUACAAACUUGACGAACGUGGAUCUGUGCGCAUUGUGA